UGCGAUCUGCGAUUUAACACACCAAAGAAUAUUUUUCACUUCAAAACACUUUGCAUUAAAGGAUCAUGGUAGACAGUUUAACAGUUUCUUUGAGACUUCUCAGUUCCCUAGCAGUGCUGGGAUUUCAGCUUGUCAUCCCACAGCCUUCAAUUGAACACAGAAAGGUUCCCCAGAGGAUAGAGGAGCAGAGAGAUGCAUCUGAAGAUAGCAGUGCAGGAAUCCCAGGCAUGUGGGGAAGUUGGGGCCCCUGGUCUGCCUGUUCCCGGAGCUGCAGCGGUGGUGUGAUGGAGCAAACACGGCCCUGCCUCCCAGCCUAUUACCACGAAAGGGGCUACCGAAGGCCAGGGCGACAGUACCCAGCCUCAGAGAGAACUCUUGCUCAUCAGAAUUCACGCCAUCGUGAAGACCCACUGACUGCUUAUCCUGGCCAUGUCAUUUCUGCCAUCCGUACAUCUGUGCCACUUCACAGAAAUGAGGAACAGCUUUGGGCUGGCCUCCUGGCUCCUGUUUCUUCAGGAGGCCGUAAUAACAGCCAUCUGAGCAGAGGAGCAUUAAGAGGCAGCCGGCAUUCUCAGUCCCAGAGGCAUCACACCAAGCCAGAAAAGAGAAGCAGAAACAGAAAUCCUAUUGGCCCAGGAAAGUACGGAUAUGGAAAAGUGCCAUAUAUUUUACCUUUGCAAACUGAUACUGGUCAGCAGCCUCAGAAACUUCGAAGGCAGCGACAGUCAUCAAGGAACCAUGUAUUUCAUCAGAGUCCGAGUCUUGGGAACACUUACAGCCAGGCAGCUAAUCCUUCACUUCAACAUGGGAAUCUUUAUCAAGAAGAAAGUGGACCUCAGGCUGGACAUCAAGUCCUAGGACCCUCAGUUUAUCAGUCAACUUCAUUUCCUGCAUCUCAAAGUUUGUUUCAUAAUAGCGACUCAAACCAUCAUGGGUCUGCAUCACGCCAGUUGAUCCAGGGUCAGCCUCAACCUCAAAGGGCUGCAGCUAUUGUGUGCAUUGGCACCUACAGGCAAUAUAAACUCUGCAACACAAACAUAUGUCCUGAAAGCAGCAGAAAUAUCAGACAGGUGCAAUGUGCAUCGUACAAUAACAAACCAUUUAUGGGUCGAUUUUAUGAAUGGGAACCUUUUGCAGAAGUGAAGGGAAGUCAGAAGUGUGAGCUGAAUUGCCGUGCAAUAGGAUACCGAUUCUACGUGAGACAAGCUGAAAAAGUAAUAGAUGGAACGCCGUGUGACCAAAAUGGAACUUCAAUCUGUGUGGCAGGGCAGUGCAAGAGUAUUGGCUGUGAUGACUAUCUGGGUUCAGACAAGGUGGUUGACAAAUGUGGAAUAUGUGGAGGGGACAACACUGCUUGCAAAGUUGUGUCUGGAGUUUUCAAACACACGCUAACAAAUCUUGGCUACCACAAGAUAGUGGAAAUUCCUGAAGGAGCUACUAAAAUCAACAUUACAGAGAUGUCAAAGAGCAACAACUAUUUGGCACUGCGGAGUCGAUCAGGACGGUCCAUCAUCAAUGGAAACUGGGCAAUUGAUCGUCCUGGGAGAUACGAAGGUGGUGGGACGUUGUUCACAUAUAAACGCCCAAAUGAAAUCUCCAGCACUGCAGGAGAGUCAUUUUUAGCUGAUGGCCCAACAAAUGAAGUCCUUGAUGUCUAUAUGAUACAUCAGCAGCCUAACCCAGGUAUACAUUAUGAGUAUAUCAUUCCAGGAGACAAUGUCAUUAGUCCUCAGUUGCUUGCUCACAGGAGGCCAGGGGAGCCCUUGAAUGGUCAGUUAGAAAUUCCAGAAAGUACAAAUCAUGAGGAUGAGGAUUUGCAUAGGGAGACAGACACUCUCACUGGACAGUCAGCUGGAAGUUUUCCAGUUAUUCAGCCAGGAAGAUUUUCUUCUCAUCAGCCAGAAAACCAGGUGCCUGCUGUGCAGCCACCAAGACAAAACCGAGAACACAACUGGAAACAGAUUGGAAAAACUGAGUGCACCACUACAUGUGGGAAAGGGUCACAGUACCCAGUUUUCCACUGUGUCAACAGAAUCACUCAUGAGGAGGUUCCUGAGGGUUACUGUGACAGCAGCACCAAGCCUAUUCCAGAAGAGGAGGCCUGCAACCUCUUCCCAUGUCCAGCUUUCUGGGACAUAGGGGAGUGGUCUGAGUGCAGCAAAACAUGUGGUCUUGGUAUGCAGCAUCGGCAAAUCUUGUGUCGGCAAAUGUAUGCUAAUCGUACCUUGACAGUUCAGCAGUACCGCUGCCAUCACCUGGAGAAGCCAGAGACAACCAGCACUUGCCAGCUGAAGAUCUGCAGUGAAUGGCAGAUUCGGACAGAGUGGACUUCAUGUUCAGUACCGUGUGGAGUGGGGCAGAGGACUCGAGACGUGAAAUGCGUCAGCAACCUCGGAGACGUUGUUGAUGACGAGGAAUGUAACAUGAAGCUACGGCCAAACGACAUUGAGAACUGCGACAUGGGUCCCUGUGCUAAGAGCUGGUUCCUUACAGACUGGAGUGACAGGUGUUCUGCAGAGUGUGGGGAUGGAGUCCGUACGCGCUCGGUGGUUUGUAUGACCAACCAUGUCAGCAGUCUGCCCUUGGAGGGCUGUGGGAAUAACAGACCCUCUGAAACAACCCCCUGUAAUAAUGGCCCCUGUGCUGGUAAAGUGGAGUGGUUUGCCGGGAGCUGGACACAGUGUUCUAUGGAAUGCGGCAGUGGAACUCAACAGAGAGAAGUCAUUUGUGUAAGGAAAACUGAAGGUAAUUUUGAUGUUUUGAACCCCUAUGAAUGUUCGUAUUUGGAAAGACCUCCCAGUCAGCAGUCCUGCUACCUCAAGCCCUGUGGUGCUAAGUGGUUUCAUACAGAAUGGAGCACAUGUUCCAAAUCCUGUGAAGGAGGAUUUCGGGUUCGAGAGGUGCGAUGUCUAUCAGAUGAUAUGACAACCAGUACUCAGUGUGAUCCACAGCUUAAACCUGAAGAAAAAGAACCAUGUAACACACAAGACUGUAUCCCAGAAAUAGAUGAGAACUGCAAAGAUAAAUACUACAAUUGCAAUGUGGUUGUUCAGGCCCGGCUCUGUGUCUACACCUAUUACAAAACGGCCUGUUGUGCAUCCUGUACGCGUGUGGCAAAUCGACAGUCAGGGUUUCUGGGACGCAGAUAACAAUUACUCUACUACUCAAAGCAGCAAUAUCACUCUUCAGAUGGAGCUUAAACAGUGUUACUGUUUUGACCACAGCAGGUUCUACCUUCAUAAAGAAAUGUUUUUUGUACUGUUGAGCACAUCAAGACUAUGGUUAAAUCUCACAGCCUUUCAUUUACACUUUAUGUGCAGUUACAUAUAUUUUAAAAUGUUUGUUGUAAAACCACGAUCUUUUUAAAGAAUUAAUUUUUAAUGAUACUAUUCUUUGCACCUGUUCAUCAGAUGAUCAUUUAAAGAACAUACCAACCUUACUGUUGAGAAGUUAAUGAAAACAAAAUCAGUCAUAGGCAAUUAUUGGAGAUAUUUGACCAGUUAGGGAUGCAGCUGCUGCAUUAUUUCCUGAGUGCUUACUCUUGCUUGGUAUUUUAGACUGACUUAAAUUAGUAGAACAAAUCAAUGAAACACGCACAUGAGAAGAACUGUUUCACAAAGAGCCAGUCCCAUUCAUGAUCAGUUUCUUAGCACCCUAAUGUGUAUUUUUAAUUACUUCAGCCCAUGCAAAAAAAAUUAGAGUUACUGUUAAGGUCUCUCAGUUGUACUUUUAACUAACUUCCUGUCCUCUAGCAGGAAAUAUAUGCACACUUGACUGCCAAGAAGUGCCUUUAUAUUUAAUUCAUAAACUUCAUCUUGAAUGUACACUUUUCUAAUUUUGUAUAGAUUUUAAAAGCAAUAUAUUACCCACCAGAGUGCCACUAGUGUCCAGACCUUUAAGCCUUCCUGCAGCUGUCAGGGAGACUGAGAUUUAAGCGUGAAGAGCCUUUGCUGGUAUUUAAAAAAAAAAAAAAAAGUGAGUGUUUCCAUCAGCAAAAUCUCUUUCUUGUAGGAUAGUUAUUUCAGUGAACUGGUAUCUGGCCUAAUAUCUUGUCUCUGCACAAUUGCUUGACAACUAGCAUACCAAAGUAACAGUAGGAUGUAGGUCUCCGUGUUUGUUUUAUAAUAGUCUGUUACUCUUGGUAUCAGGAGGCAGUAAGUGCGAGUGUGCUAGCAGAGCACCUGUAAUAAGGAGAUCUUAACUAUUGACACUUUUCAGGUUUUGAAAGAUUGUUACACCAUACUUGUCUUUUGUAGUCAAUGUUUCAUCCAGCAGAUUUAUUCAUACCACCUCUUUUAUACUACUCAAGAAUGGCUCCAGACUUGGACCUGAAUUUGGGUGGUGAUUUUUCAUUUCUGCAAUGACUAUACUCAGCCUUGGGCUUUGCUAAAGGUAAACAGAAUGUGCUGUACACUGUGGAAUAAGCUAUACAGUGUAGAUGAAAGUUGUUCUUUUAUCUGCACAUUCUCUAGCCUUCACGUGUGAGGUCUUUUGAAUGUGUGAGUAAGGCUGAGAAAUAAAUAAAUACCUCUGCUUGUUCAAUUGUUUAUUACAGCAUAUUGCUUUUAGAUUAAAUUAAAUUCGUAAACUGUGCAUCUGUUUCCAAGAUGCCUGCUGUCUUGACUCAAAAACAGUUUUGAUUGUUAAGCCACUCCCAGUGAUGUGUUAAUACAGUGAUUAAGGUUUCCUGCUACUGAUUCAGAGGCAUGUUUGAGCCGCAUUUUGAAUUCAUACCAAAGCCCAUCCCAAGUGAUCAAGCUGUGCAUCUGUUUUUAUUUCCUUUUCCUUGUUUGGGUGGAGGAGAUGUGCAAGAGGAAUAGAGCCCUGGGAGGAAAAGGUUGCUAGAUGUGAUACUUUGUGUGCGGAAAGCUAGGACGACAGCAAGGUGGGACUCUUCUAGUCUAACAGCUGCCUUGGCUUGAGACAACCCUUAGGUUGAAGAAAACCUUAGGCUUUGAUUCUGUCAUUUGUGUGGAAUAUAUUUUGGCCAUGAUGAACUAUUAAUGUUUGGCUGAGUGAAACAAGUGUUUCCCCUGAAAUUUGGAGUUAACUGUUUGUGAUUAAAAUCAUUAAAUGUCAUUGGCUGCUUCUCUACACCUUGAUUUGGGCUUUUUCACUGUAAUUAAUUGACCUAAACAAAGAAGGCGGCGUUUCUGUUGCAAAUGCUCAUUAGAAAACCUUUCAUUUUAGUUCAUGAAGCUUUCUCAGUCCUAUUCCACUGUCUCAUGAAGACAACUGAGAGAUUUGUGAUCAUAUUGUAUACCGUAGAUUCUUGACCAAAGUGUGAUAUGGAGAAAGUGCAGCAGAAACAGCUGUUUAAUCUAGUAUUUGUAAAUGCAGAUUUUCAUGUGACUGUCUCAUCGCAGCAAACCUUGACAUACAGUAUAUAAUUUUUGCUGUUGUCUCUUUUGUCCCGAGGAAAUGUAUCCUGUCAGCUUGAGGGAAAUAUCUGUUCCAUAAAAAGACUUGCUGAAACCCACACGGAGAAUGACAUACAGAGAAAUAAUCAGGUUUGCAAACAAUUCCUAGAGAAUAAUCUGCUUGCACACACUUUUUACUGUGAGGCAGUCAGUCAGCAAAUAUACAGGCUAUCCUGGCCUUUUCUAAAAUUUGUUAUUUUGCUCUGAAAUAUAUAGCCAUUAGGAUAUUUUGCAAGGUUUAUUUUUUUUGUAGGUGCCAUUAAGCCACCACUGAAGUAAACAGAGCUCAUGGGAGCUAAAUAUCAAAUAUAUACAUACAUGUAGCAAUAUAACCCUGUAUUACUCCUAAGGUGUAUAGCUUUGUGAAUUGAAUGUGGUGAAUUACGGUCAUAGACAUACAAAUUGUUCCUUUUUUUUCAGUAAAAGGCCAGUUUUCAGAUGCACCAGUUAAAUAGUUUUUCUUCAUCUAUUUAAACAUCUGGUGAUGAGGGAACUGCCAGAAUUUUACUGAAUUUAUUGAUUUGUCAUCUCUUCUCCUGUAUCAGCAUGAUCAAAGUAGUUGUUCCUGCAGCUAAUCAACCGUUCUUUCAGCACUUCGAUGUAGGAGAACUACCUACCCAAAUAAGUGCUAUGCUAGUAUUUCACUGUCACACAAAGUGCACUUUUGAAAUUGUGACUAUAGCAAGUGUUUGUUUUUAUAGAGCAGUGCACCAAUAUUAGCAUGAUGCCUACAGAGGGCCUGAUUUUACUUUCAUGAUCUGAUUGCAAAUCAAAAGUGGCAUUAAUUAAUCCAGCGGAGUUAGAUCAGAUGUAAAACCACUAUAAGCAAGAACUGAUUGUGAAUCUGAAUGUUACCUUUCCUUUUCUGGUAUUUUAACACCAAUCAAAAUCCUUUAGGUGGAAAAAAAAAAAAACAAAAAAAAACAAACUGUUCCUGCCUUAAAGUUUUUCAGUUUAUAUGAUCCAGUAAGACCAGAGUAAGUGUAGGAAGACUGUUAUAGAUCUUAGAUUUAAAGUGCUCUAAGUCUAACUGCUUACGGGGAAGAACUAGCAUGCAGCUUUCCUGUCUUGCAGAAUCUGAGUGAUAAAGCCAUAUCGGCCCACAGCAGCUCUAUCUAGAGCCAAUUCUGUGACUCAAGCAUUUUCCUCCUGGAAUUUAGGACACCAGUGCAGAUCUUUAUUAUGUUAUCAAGGGUCUAGCAUGGUUUGUUAGCUCCUGCUCAGUGCCAGCUCUGCAAAUGUAGGUAGAAUUGAUUGGGUGUAACCGUUAGCACCCUCCCUUGUACGCCACAUUCUGAGAGCACUUACUGGCAGCACUGAACUCAAGGGGUUCUCCAUUCCUCCCAUGAGCUGGGAAACUGAGGAGGAUUGUGGGGAAGCAUGAGCAUUGCUCCUGUGGGAAUGACCCUGUGUCUGGCUCGGCCAGCCAUGAGCCAGAGUUAAUACUUGCUUUAGGGUUUCUGACCUUCAGUCCUCAGUGCUGCGGGUUAGGGAAGAGCUUGUUAGCAGGCAGCAGAAUACUGAGGAGAGUAGUGCAGGAGACAUUUUUGCAAGUCCGCUAGCCUUGAGGUCCACCUGUUGUAAGCUCACUGACUUGAUGCAAGACUGCCUCAGUAUCCUUGCACAGUGCCUUCCCCACUACAUGUUUGGUCCUUUUAUAAAGAAAAACAGAAUGUCUUGCAGAGCAUGUUAAGUUGACAGUGUGUUACUGCAAAGACGUAUUUUAGCUUCCUUACAAAUAUAAGGUCAGUAUAGCCUUGACUGAGGCUAUACUCAGAACACAGAACAGACAGCCACACACACAGCAAAACUGCCAUGGCCUUGCUACUUAACUUUGCUUAUAUCUGAGUCCUAGAAAGCUGCAGUAGUCACCACUGAGGGAAGGAGGAGGUAGGUUUUGAAAGCAGCUUGUGGCUAAUAGAAGGGGAGGUUAUUCCUCCCUGAAAGAAUAUCUAGACUCCACCAUUUGUAACCUACACCACCGUAAGUAGUGGAAGGGGCUCUCUAGGACUUUUUCUCCAGUUCAUCCCUAUCCCGCCCUCUCUCUCUCUCUCUUUUACUCCUGUUAGGUGCUCAUCUCUUCUUCUUCCCUCUCUCUUCCCUCUCUCCUUUUAACUUUGGAUAUGGAGCACCAAAGGGCCCCAUCCCUUUGUGCUUUGGAGGACCACAUUCAAUUUUGCCAACGUUGCUGAAAAACUCUGCACUGGCAAUCUGUUUUUUAAGAAUGUGUGUCGGAAAUAAGCCCAGCUAUUAACAGAAAUGUAUUUCUACCAGGCCAAUGAUUUUUCUGUUUCCGUGUUAGCUAGUUUUAAAUGCAUAACAUUAAAAUAACUACUGAAUGAAUUCCUGUGCAGUGAGCCUGUGAUUGCACAGCUGUUGAAGUAUGUAUUGGCCCUUUAUUCUCACAUCUAACAUCUACUGUAUAAAAAAAGAAGAGAAUUAUCCUGUUUACACUCAAAUAGGAAAAUGCAUGUAUCCACCUGUUUUUUUUCCUGAGACUUAACACAUAGUACCUCUAACUCCUCUCUCUAGGAGCCUUUUCUGUGUAUUGGGCAGAUAAUUAUUUGCAUGUCUGUCUGUAUCUGGAACAGAAACCACGGAAUUCUGAACGCUGCAAGUGAACUUCCUUAGUUCCUAACAUAGCUUACAGAAUGUGUUUGGGGGGCCUACAUUAGCUUCUGUGUAGAAAAUGGAGUAAAAUAAUUCCUUUAAUAUCAGAAAUGAAAAAUCAUCCACCAGUAUCAUUUUCUGUAUAUGUUUAAACAAACUUUACAGCAUUAUUAGAUCUUAAUAGUGUGGGUGAAAUUCAGACCUAGAAAAAGAGAUACAAUUUCGUUUAAGAGAACUCACACCAGGCCUGGACUUGGCUUUUUUGCUUCUCAGCUUUUAGCAACCUCAAGUUGUUAAGAAUGUGAGUUAGAAAAAUUUUAUAUUCCCACAUAUCUUAAUGUAUUAGAAGAUAGAAACUGCCACUAUGGAGAGGAAGGGAGCUUAAUUAUUUCUUUUGAGAAAUCAGUGACUUCCCUGUGACAGUCUUUUAGUGCUGCUUGCUGUUUUUUUCAUGCUACAGUUGGGUCUCUUGAGACCUAGUCCUGCAGUGGCCUUAGCAGGGGGUGGGUACAAAUGAGCUUUUGAAGCCCAGUUGAAGUCACUCAGGCUCCACAUAGAGGAUCUAGGAGGACUGGAACCUUAACUGUGCGGAUUAUUAAGCCUGACACUAUGAGUGACAAUAAAAGUAACUUUUUUAUAUAUGUAAAAUUAUUUCUACUUGACCCUAACCUAGUAAUUGAUUUUGGCAGAAGGAUAUACUUUAUUAUAACUUAUUUUGUUGUUAUUUGUAAAUACAAGAUGUCUAUGGGAAAUAUGUAUUCUGAGCUGUGUCUAUGGAACAAGCCACUGCACCAAAAUAUUUCAAAUAUUUAGAAUAGGCAGAUUUUUAUUAAAAGGGAUGUAAUAUGUAUUUAUUUACAUAUACCAUUCACAUGUUGUCCAGCUCUUUCAUCAUACUAAUCUAGCUUUUAAUUGAAUUUAUAGCACAGGUAUUACAUAUAUAUUUAUGUAUAUAUGUCAUACUGUAAAUCCAUAAUACAACUUUAUAAACUUUCUGAUUAGCCAGUUCCUUGAGUGAAUUAAAGGGGGAGUAUAGAUAAAUUGCUUUCUGACUCGUUCAGGAAUAUGUAUCCGUGGCCGUGCACCUGAACCAGAACUGUACAGCAUCCUUUUCAUAUUGUAUACAUUUUCUCUUCGAUGAAAAAAUGUUAACUA